AGAGAAAGUGUAAUUAAGUAUAUUCUUCCCCAUUAUAUCUCUCUCCUUCAUCCAACCUCAAUAUAUACACUGAUCUCCAUUUCCAGAUCCCCAAGAACACAGCUCCAACAAAAAGUACUUUUAGCAACACUCUCUUAUAAAUUUUCCCUUUAUCUCACUAGCUCUCUCUCUAUAUAUAUAUAUUUCUCACUAGCUCUUUCACAUAUACUCUUUUCUCUCUCUAUCUCUUCUCUUAUUCAUACAUCAAGAUUCAAGAAUCGAACACCAUCUUCCUUGAAAAUGAAUCCUGAGGAAGAAGGAGGGAGUAAUAAGAGGAAGAAGAGAGUGAUGGGAAGAGGGAAGAUAGAGAUAAAGAAGAUAGAGAAUCAGACGGCCAGGCAAGUGACCUUCUCCAAGAGAAGAAAUGGUCUUAUCAAGAAGACUCGUGAGCUCGCUAUUCUCUGUGACGCUCACAUCGGUCUCAUAGUCUUCUCGGCCACCGGAAAGCGCUCCGAGUUCUGCUCUGAACACAACAAGAUGCCUCAGCUCAUUGACCGAUACUUGCAGACCAAUGGAUUGCGACUUCCUGAUCAUCAGGACGACCAGGAGCAAUUGUACCAUGAGAUGGAAGCACUAAGAAGAGAGAUAUGUAACCUUGAGCUCCAUCUGCGUCCAUAUCAUGGACAUGACUUAGCCUCCAUUCCUCCUCAUGAGCUUGACGGACUCGAGCGACAGCUGGAACAUUCUGUCCUCAAAGUCCGUGAACGUAAGAAUGAGUUGAUGCAGCAACAGUUGGAGAAUCUAAGCAGAAAGAAGCGGAUGCUAGAAGAAGAUAACGAUAACAUGUGCCGUUGGCUUCAUGAGCAUCGUGCAGCGAUUGAGUUUCAGCAAGCUGGUAUAGAGACGAAACCAGGGGAGUUUCUACAGUUUCUAGAGCAGGUUCAGUACUAUACCAAUGAUCAUCAGCAGCAACAACAACAACAACAAAACAGUCUUCUUCAGCUUGCUACACAGCUUCCUUCAGAGAUUGAUCCUAAUUACCAUCUCCAGCUAGCUCAGCCUAAUCUUCAAAACGAUCCAGCUCCCAAAGAGUGAUUAAUCUAAUUAAUUCUCAAUACAACUUCUCUUUCUUUCUGGGGACAACUUAAUGAACUUUUAUUAAUUACCUAUAUUUUGAUGUUAGCCAAUGCCUUCUUUUGUUGUCUGUUUUGUGUGGUCAUAAAACCUUGUUUGAAGUACAAUUUACUUGAGAAGCAGUGGUCUUUGGUUAUAAUUUUUAUUCAUCAUUAUCAUACAUAUAUAGUA